AUGCAACAUUAUACCAGAGUCGACACCAACACACCAAGUAAACGGCCCUUUGAAAGUCUUGAACCAGAAAUAAUAAAUUCAGCACAGGUUAUGGGACAAGAAUCAAAUGAAAAUUUUAAUCCGCAACCAGAGAUAAUGAGGACACCAUCACCUACAUCUCUGGACGAAGACACCCUUCUUCAUACUCCGAAUAAGCGUCAGAUGUGUGAUUGGAAAGUUAUUCAAUAUCUUGAUGUAAUGAAACAUUCUUUAAAAUACAACCGAGUUCACGUUCAGGCACCACCUAUGUGGACUAAAAUAGAGAACUAUCUUGAAAAUGCUCUGAAAAAGUCAGGAAGAGACUUUAAGAAGGCUAUCAUGCUAGAAAUUAAGGGAGACGAUGAGAACAAGUUCCGUUUAUAUUCAAAAUUGACUAAAUCACCCACCAGUUCUGGAAUUGUUAAGUUAGAUGCGAAGGGUGUCCGAUUGUUUGACGAUAAAGAAAUAUGGCACAUGGAGGUUGCUGGUCCACCAUCAUCACCAACAACGGAUCAUGCAGUUUGUGACACAAAGAAAUCAUUGCAUAGUGACAUCUUGAACCUGGUUGCACUUUUGCUUGACCACUUGGAUAUUCCUGUAAAGGCUGCGAUGAAUAUAAAAGUAUUCAGUCUGCAAGUCAUCAGUUAUCGAAUUACAUUAUAUUCUCUUAACAUGAUUGAUGAUGGUACCUUUUUGGCAUCCGAGUUGGCUUCUGCCAUAAUUCCUUUUUCAUUUGAAGGUAGAUCAAAAUACAAAGCAGUUCUUUAUCUCAUGUUCCUUCUUCAUGGUGAAUUUAUGAAACAACUUUCAAUAAUGCAAGAACUUGAUUUUACCAUUAACCGUAAUGAAGGAGUUACAGUUCGGGACGUUUUAAGGAUCCCUAAAUCUUUAAAAGAUCUUUUACAGCUAAGGCAAUAUUCAUAA